AGGUUUCAACAGCUGGAAAUAGACAAGUAGCCUGUCACCAUGGGCUCACUAUUUAGGAGUGAGGAGAUGCGACUGUGUCAGAUGUUCCUACAGUCAGAAGCUGCAUAUGCUUGCGUCUCUGAACUUGGGGAACUUGGACUUGUCCAGUUUAAGGAUUUGAAUGCAGGCGUUAAUGCUUUUCAAAGGACAUUUGUAGCUGAGGUUCGCAGAUGUGAGGAAAUGGAAAGAAAACUAAGAUAUGUUGAAAAGGAAAUGUUGAAAGAAAAUAUGAAAAUUCCAAAUUUCCGUGAAAACCCAAAAGCUCCAGCUCCUAAAGAGAUGAAUGAUCUUGAAGUUGAGUUUGAGAAGAUAGAUUCUGAGCUGAGGCAGGUCACCACUAACAAUGAGGCACUCAAACAAAACUACCUGGAACUGACUGAGUUGAGAGAAGUGCUGUUCAAGACCCAGUCUUAUUUUGCCACAUACGGUAACGACAUCCAACACAUGAUGGAGGAGGAGACAGUCGGACAGCAAGAGGAGGCAAUUAUUGGUGGCAUCAGACAGCAGCAAACAGCAGCUCUUGGGUUUUUUGUGGGUACAGUCCUGAGGGAGAAAGUCCCUGUCUUUGAGCGGGUCAUGAAAUUUAUUACUCACAGCACAGUUUUCAUGAGAGUGGAGGAGAUUGAGAAGAAAUUUGUGGACCCUAUUUCCGGAGAUGAACUUAGCAAGUGCAUGUUCAUAGUUUUCUACCAAGGUGAUCAGCUCAGACUCAAAGUUAAAAAAGUUUGUGAAGGAAUGAGAGGCACAAUCUAUCCAGUACCUGAUUCACCUCAAGAGAGAAAUGACAUGCUAAAUGGUGUUAACACACGGAUCGCAGAUCUGGAAAAUGUGCUGGCACAAAGCAAUGAACAUCGCCAUCGUGUGCUCUCUAAUGCUCAAAGGGAGUUGAGGUCAUGGACAAUAAAAGUUGAAAAAAUCAAGGCAAUUUACCAUACACUUAACAUGUUCAAAAUCCACCAAAACAGCUUACAUGGUGAAUGUUGGUUCCCUGUCAAGGCCAUUGAUGACAUCAGAAGGGCUCUCAGCAUUGGAGAAAAAGCUGGUGGCAGUUCUAUCCCAAGUAUACUGCAGCCAAUGUAUACAGAUGAGAAACCCCCAACAUACUACAACACCAACAAAUUUGUUAAAGGAUUUCAAAAUAUUGUAGACUCGUAUGGUGUGGCCACCUAUGGAGAGGUUAAUCCUGCCCCUUACACCAUCAUUACCUUCCCUUUCCUGUUUGCUGUUAUGUUUGGUGAUGCUGGCCAUGGGAUGAUCAUGUUCCUCUUUGCCCUGGCAUUGGUUAUCAAUGAGAAAUCAAUCAGUGCUUCCAGGAUCAGUAAUGAGAUUGCCAAGACAUUUUUUGGUGGCAGAUACAUCAUUUUGCUGAUGGGUGCUUUCUCAGUGUACACUGGAAUGAUCUACAAUGACAUCUUCUCAAAGUCUUUUAAUAUUUUUGGGUCUAAGUGGUAUCCCCAUGGACUUGAAGAUCUUGAUCAUGUUGAAGAUGUCCAAUUAGAUCCCAUCACAACACACUACAACAUGACUUCCUAUGCCAUAGGAAUUGAUCCAGUGUGGCAACCAUCCACCAACAAGAUUAUGUUUUUGAAUUCCCUGAAGAUGAAAAUGGCCAUCAUUCUUGGUGUCAUUCAAAUGCUUUUUGGGAUCUGUCUCCAAGUUUUUAAUCAUAUCCAUUUCAAGAGCUACAUCGACAUUUUUAUCAGAUUCAUUCCUGAACUUCUUUUCUUGGGAUGCCUUUUUGGCUACCUAGUGUCUCAAGUGAUCUACAAGUGGAUCAUGUUCGAUGCAACUACAUCCCAUUGUGCACCUGCACUGUUGAUUCACUACAUCAACAUGUUUAUGUUCAAGUAUGAAUUUCCUUCAGAGGGUAAAGAGAAAUGUGACCCCAACCUUGUUUACUACAAAGGACAGGACAUAGCACAGUAUGCAAUGUUUUUUAUUGCUAUUCUCUCUGUACCAGUGCUGCUGAUUGUUAAACCUGUUUAUUUGAUUUGCAAAAACAAGAAAAAGAAUCAUGGACUAUCUGAUCAUGCGUCACUGAUUCACCAUGAAAUUCCCCCAGGAAAUCCACAAUCCCCCAAAACUGACAAAGGUGUCAAACCCCUUGCACCACACCAAAAUGCAGAAGGGGAGUUGGAGUUAGGGCAAAUCAACUAUAAUUAUGAUAAUGAAGGUUUUGGCAACGGUAGACCCAAGGAUGGCAAUGGUCAAGUUGCAGCUGCUGUAGUUAUUGAAGAGGAAGAGGAACACAAACCAUCAGGAGGUCAUGGGGAUCAUGAAGACCAUGGAACUGGUGAGAUAGUGAUACAUCAAGCCAUUCACACAAUUGAGUUUUGUCUGGGCUGUAUUUCUCACACUGCUUCAUAUCUGAGACUCUGGGCUUUGUCUUUGGCCCAUGCACAAUUAUCUGAAGUCUUAUGGAACAUGGUGUUACGUAUGGGUAUGACAAUGGGUGGAAAAUACAUUGGAGGAAUCGUCAUCUUCAUCAUUUUCUUCAUCUGGGCUAAUCUGACGGUGGCCAUCUUGCUGUUGAUGGAGGGCCUGAGCGCUUUCCUCCACACUCUCCGUCUGCACUGGGUAGAGUUCCAGUCCAAGUUUUACGUGGGAGAAGGAUACCGUUUCCUGCCAUUUAAUUUCAAACACAUUCUAAACAUGGAGUCACUUGAGGAAGUUACUGGUUAAGGCAAUUAAUCUUAAACAAAAAUCAAAACUAUGAAUAUAUUGUCUUUUAAAAAAAAAUGCUAUUAUAUAGAUCCUACAGCAUUUUAACUUCCUAUAUUUCUCAAGAAAAAUAAGUUUUGGUGUGUGGCAAAAUUGAUUCAUAUCCAACAAUUUAAUGUAGCCUGGGUCAGUAAAACAAACUUUUCUUACAAUAUUUGAACACAUUUGUUUGCAACAGAAUAGGGCAAUUUUCUGUGAUAUUUUAAGAAACCUGGGACUGAGUUUAAUAAGUGCACAAUUUUCUUUUACCAUGACAUAGUGCCACAAAAUUAUAAGAAAAUGCAAAUAUUUUUGUUCUUUCAGGGCAGUUACUUUGAACUAAAAAUCUAAUUGUCCAAAAUAAAACUAAAAAGCAUUAAAUGUACGAAAUCUAUUACAUUCCUUUUGAUGUGAACAAAGGCUGCUACCACAGUUUUUAUUUUUUGUAUCUAUUUAUACUAACUAUAUUAUCCAAGAAAUUUUAUUCACAUUCUAUAAUUCUUUUUAUAUAUUAACGUUAAGCAUUGAAAGAUUUCAAAAAUAUAAUUCUUAAAAAUCAUUUUCAUGUAUAUGUUGCUCAUUAGCUAAAAGUGGAUUUUUAAAGCCUUUUGCUAAAGAAUGACAUUUUGUUUUUAGAUCUGACCUGAUUAUCAACUUCUUAUUAGUUUUACUCGAAUGGGCAGCACCUUCAAACUGUUUAGAUUUUUUAAAGUUUAAUAUGAAACAUUUUCCUGUGCUUUGUUACAGGGCAGACCAUGACACUUCAAUAUCUAUUUCAAACCCUGAGAUUACACUAGGUACCAUGACAUGUUUCAAAUAUUAUUUUGGACAUUUUUCCAAUAUUUAUUCAAUAUUUAUUCAUUAAAAUGGCAAAACUGAGGCAUCAGGGUAGACAAUUUUUGCUAAAUGUAUGGUGCUGGUAUAAUAAUGUUAGUGCACUGAGUAUUUUAUCUACCUGUUUAAAUUUAUUUACAGACGCGUUGUGAAAUUGUUUGUGGUAUUUUUGCAUGUUCGACAAGUAUUUAUUAUAUAAGGGCAGUUGAGUUUAUUUACUCUAGAAAUUGAAUACCACUACACACAUUUUUUUGAAGGUUUUUCUGUGAAGCUUUGGCCUAUGGUAUGUUAUACUUUAUGGAAAUAAAUUAACUAAAAUAUUCA